AUGUCCAACAGAAUAACAAAAUCAAAGAGCCCUCAAUUAAAUAACUAAUACAAAAUUGAUAAAGAUCUAAUGAAAUAUCACAUUUUAUAAAAGAUCAACAAACCAUAAGUUCCAGAGAAAUAAAUAAUUAAAACUUAACCUGAUGAAGAAUAAGAACCUGAGGAUUUUAAACAAGAGAUUGAAUUUAAGUACUUACAAAAUCAUUUGGUAGAUAUAAGAAUUGCCAAAUUAAUCAUACAUUUAUAUUCCCUAAAGAAGAUUAUGAAUCAUCAUCUGAUAAUUCUCUUUAAUCUCUUAAAGAUACUACAGUUUAUAAUCUUAAUUGCAACAAUAUAGAGCGUUUGACUGAUGCCACAUCUCCUUAUUUUAUGAAGGCUUUAAAUGAAAAGUUAUUAAGAUUAGCCGAAUCUAUUGAAGAUGAUUAUUCCUAAUAAAAUACUAUACAAAAAUUCAAUACAACCAAUCCAAAAUAGACAAAGUUCUUAUUUUUAUAUAUAAAUAGCUAAUAGAAAUCUCAUUGUUAAAAUUAAUCAAGUANAAAUUAUUUACUUAAUGUAAACUUGAAGAUUAAGUAAAUAAAUUUAAGAUUUGCUUGA